UGAAUGUCAGUAACAUGUAAUGACUGUAAGGUGAAUGCAAGUCACUGUGGAGAGUGACAACGCAGGUAUCAUCAUUCAGGAUGAUGUUACCACUGGGUGGAAAGAGUCGCUGGGUGUUUGCAGUGGACAUAGUGAUCCUGUUUUGUGGAAUAUUCCUCACGAACAGCAUAUGUGAGAGCUCAGGCACAAAUGAGAUCUGCCAACCAAAAAACUUUCUGUUUAUCAGUAACAAACAGCCAGACACUGCAUUUCGAUUCCCAUCAAAGGUGGUCUAUCACGAGGACAGUGGAAGUAAACUUUGUUUCAAUAUCUCGGGAAACAAUACAGACUGUUGUAACAAAGAUGAAUUUGACUGCAACUUUGAAAAAAGAAGUUGUCAACAAUCAAACUACAGCAGCCUAAUUUUGGAUAAAGAGAUUCUAUCCAAGCAGGAUAUUGUCCUGGUAAAAACACCAGAUGAUAGCUUCACCUGUAUGCCAUCAGCGUUCUACAGCAAAAAAACAGGUUUCCUUUUAAAUAUUCACAAGUGCUUUAACAGGGGUAAAAAGAAUAUUAGAUUGAGCCAAAACAGCUUUUGUGGGAGUUAUGAUGGAGAAUAUGAUGAAAACACCUGCAACGGUUUAGCAGAAACACAGUACAUUCUAACUUUCAGUGGGGAUAUAAAUAUAAAUUGUGUAACAUGUAAGCCACCACAAAACAUGUCCACGCCUAUUCCCACACCAGAGAGCCACAGCACAGAAAACCCAUUAAAUAUCACAAGAAACAUUUCCAUCAUUCUUCCCCCACCAAAGAGCAACAGCUUAGAAAACGCAGCAUAUAUCAUGGGAAAUAUCUCCUCCCUGCUGAAAUUGAUGGGAAAUGCCCUUACAGCAGAGAUUACAAUGGGCGAUAUUAAGGGAGUGAUCUCUAAACUUUCUCGCGAAGAUCCAACCAACAUCAACGUUGGCAUUACAAGUGAUGAAGUCUAUAUUCUUCCGAAUAAGUCUCAUUGGGGGACUAGCUUCUCUCGAUUGGUGCAAAUCCCUAAAGAGGCCAGCGAAAUGGCACUAAAAAGAAAUGGUUCAUUUGCUGGAGUAAUGCGUUUUCCAAAAGUGCCUCAGGAUGACUCCGACUACUCUUUUUUCAACAAUGAGGUACUGGCAAUAGAAAUGGGAACAAAAAUAUCCAAUCUCUCACAGACCAUAAACAUUCAGUACAAAAAUGUGGACAAGAAUGGGAACAUUGCGUCAUGUAGGUCAUGGGAUGGCAACGCAAAUGAACAGACCUGGCUCACAGAUGGCUGUGAAACAAAUGAGACUGAUGACAGCAUCACAUGCCACUGUUCUCAUCUAACAUUUUUUGCAAUACUGCUGUCACCUGCACCUCAGAACAUAAGCUCUUCAGAUUUUACAGCUCUUACCUACAUCACAUCAAUCGGCUGUGGCCUGUCAAUGUUUUUCUUGGCAGUAACUCUCUUCAUGUAUUGUGUUAUCAGAAAACAGAAAGCAAGCCAAGCAACUAAGAUCCUGAUGAACCUCUUUGUUGCCAUGUUCACACUGAACUUGUCCUUCCUGAUAAAUGAGAGCAUUGCCAAACUGGGGAACUUUACUGGAUGUGUGGUGAUGGCGGCAGUUAUGCACUACGCUAUGUUGGCCACUUUUACCUGGUUUUUCAUGGAGGCUCUACACUUGUACUUUAAUCUAUGGAAGAUCCCUUCUGAAAUCAAACAUUACAUGAUGAAGAUUUGCAUCUCAGGAUGGGUCACACCGGCUAUUGUGGUGAUCGCCCUUCUUGCCUUGGGAAAAUAUGAUUACAUUGUCAUUAAUGCCGAUGAUGAGAAUUCAGCAAAAAUGUGCUGGAUCUCUGAUGCUGAUGUCCACCGGGGGGUUAACGUCGGUUAUUAUGCUGUAGUGUUCAUCUUCACCUUUAUCGUAUUCAUCGUAUCUGUACAGCAGAUUGUUAACUUGAAGAAAACAGCAGAGAAAGCCAACAUUACCAGCUCCAUCAAGACGAACUCUUUCUCCAUCAUAGGCCUGUUGCUCCUGCUCGGCAUCACCUGGGCCUUUGCUUUCUUCAGCUAUGGACCUCUGCUCAUACCCUCCUACUACAUCUUCACCAUCCUCAACUCCUUUCAAGGUUUCUUCCUGUUCAUCUACUACUACAAUUCAAGCAAGAUUGUUGGAGAGAACAGAACAGUGAGCAGUAGCAGCACACCUAAAACAAACACAACUGUGACAUCUCCGUAUCCAUGAAGUGUUUGUAGUGUGCUUGCUUUUCAAAUGGAGACAGAAAGUGAUCUAUUUUUGACACAAGAGGGCAGCAUUUAAUUUCAUGUCAAGUAGUAGUAGUUAAGUAGAUUUCUCAUUUUCCCUGCCUCUCCAGCCCUCCCGUUAUGAAAUGCCUUGUGUUCCUGACUGAAUGACUACCCUAACCUGAAAUGGCUAAUCUGGAUUACCUUCAUUGAGAAUAUUACUCAAAUGAGUUGAGCACUGGCAGGGGAGAUGGAGUAAUCUGGCAGAUGUAAUUUGUGUCAGUGGCUCUGUGUUUCAACAGAAGCCCCAUCUGAGUCACUGUGAAACUUUGCAGAGAAGGUUAUGAUUCAUUCAGAAUAUAUCAUAGAGCUCAUAAUUCAAAUCUUUAGUCAUACACUGGAAUGCAGACUGCAAAUGUUUAUGAAGGAAAAUAUGAGCGUUUUAUGACUGAUGUGGUUGUCAAAUGGACUGAAGAUGGUUAAGUGCAGGAAAAACAAGGUGAAGGGAAGACUUGUUCCUCACAUACUUUGCAGUGUUGGGGGCUGAGCUAGCCAGCUAGCUCUUUGCGUGCCUGCAGAUAAUUACUUUGUGCCUACAGAGAGCAGUAUCCACUGUGCGGGGAGUCUUAACUGGCAAACAAGAAAUGAGCUCAUGGCUACCUUUAGUGAUAAGCGGCCUGAGGGCAUGCCAUUAUGAUACUUAAAUAUGACUGUAUUUAACAAGCAUUUAUACCAUUUAAUAUAAGUCUAAGUCUUUAAGUCUAUCUUGGUAAGCAGCAUUAUGUUAUCGAUAAGGAGUCAUUGGGAAUUGUGUAUUGUGUGUUGUUAUCCAUUAAUUUGUAUAUUUUUUCUCUAUACCUGAUUCAAUUAAGAUCUAAUGUAUUCAAUAUUCUUUUUAGAUUUAGAGUUGAUAACAGAUUAAAUCUUAAAGCAUUAACCAUGUUAUAAAAUCUUUGGAUCUAUAGAUAUCUGCCUUCUUUGCUAGUUUAAUUUUUUCUUCAUUUUGUUUUAUUUUACUAGCCUAACAGGGAAGACAGUCUCCUCUUUUAUUUACUUAUUUGUGAUCACAGGGGCUUGUUAAGAUCGAUUCUGAUGAAAUGUGGUAAGGUAUGUUCCUUGAUUCAGCAUCUCAAGACAAGACACGACAUUCAGAUACAUGUGUAGUUGCUUUUGUGAAUGAAACUGCAGUAAUAAAGUGUAAUAAAGUUUAUGGUAUCUUAA